CCCGAUUCCUGACUGGGAAAAAUUACGGGCAGUCACUCCCCAGUAAUCUCUCUCUCUCUCCUUGCUUCUGCGUGAUUAUUCUCUCUAUAUCUUUUCUCCCUCUCAGGUUUCCUUGAUGACGAUCGGACGGUCCACAAUGAACGCCUCUCAUUUUGCUCGUUUCCUUUGCUUUUAGCCCUUCAAAUCCUCAGAUCUACUCUCUCCUCCCUCUGAUCUCCGUUUCCCGGUUAUUUUUUAAUAUAUUUUUUAGAAUUAUCGCUGGCCGUGAAAAUGGAGGCUGACCCCGGUUCAAUGGCAGUUACGGUUAGUUUCGCCGCGCUAACAUGCGCCGGUGAAACUCUAGCUACGAUGUUCUUGUCGGCUCUGGUGAAAACCCACCUUUUGGCGCUGAACUCCUUUGGGUUGCUGCUGACUAAUAAACCUAGAGUCAAGGGAGACCAUGCACAAAACCAGCCUAAGCCAGAGGAUGCUAAUGGGGAAGAUGGCAAUGAAGAUGACAGGGAAGAUGAUGAUGAUGGGGAUGGUGACUUUGGAGGAGGUGAAGAGGACCUGUCCUCUGAAGAAGGUGGGGACUACGGCAACAAUCCUAACAGCAACAAGAAUAACCCAAAGAAGGGACCAGGAGGUGGAGCAGAACAGAAUGGAGAAGAAGAAGACGACGAAGAGGAUGGUGAAGACCCAGAGGAUGAGGAUGACGAUGAUGAAGAUGAUGAUGAUGAGGAUGAGGAUGAUGAUGAGGAAGAGGAUGGUGGAGAAGAGGACGAGGACAAUGUUGAAGGAGUAGAAAACGAAGAUGAGGAUGAGGAAGAUGAAGAUGAGGAAGCCCUCCAGCCUCCAAAGAAGAGGAAGAAGUAAACUAAGAGAUUAGUGGAGCCUCCCCUAAAUACCCUUUUUAUGUAACUCGUUCCUCUAACAUUAUGAUCUUAUUUAGCCACCGAGGAGGCCAUUUAGGAUAAUGUUUUCAUUUUCUUUGCACAAUUAGAGUAACUUAGAACUGUUUGAGCAGCGGGAAAGAUUGAAUUGAGAAAAUGUAUUAUUCCGCUACUUCUCAUAAAGUCAAUGGAUAUGAUAGUUUUGCUAACAUACUUUCAGAAUA